GCAUCAGCCACUAUCCCUUUAAUCAAUUUGUACGGGCUGAGGUCUCUCCAGUUGAUGUGUUUCCAUCGUGAUAACGAUAACGAUGCCUCAAAGUGAGCACGUCAAACGGCCGAUGAACGCCUUCAUGGUAUGGUCCAGGAUGCGCAGGAAAAGGAUAUCCCAGGACAAUCCUAGGCUUCAUAAUUCGGAAAUAUCGAAGCUUCUGGGUGUGGAAUGGAAGCUUCUUUCGGAAACAGAGAAGAGGCCUUUUAUAGACGAAGCGAAAAGAUUGCGGGUACAACAUUUGCUUGAUCAUCCCGAUUACAAGUACAAACCUAAGAGAAAACCCAAAGAAAUCGUUAAAAGUUUUUCCCGAAAUUUCGCUGAACAGAAUGUCCUAAACAGAAAUAUUUACGGCCAAAACGAAAAUUUCACAAUCUGCUACAAUUCACCGGCUGAAUCAAAAUUAAACCUGUCUCAUCAGCCUUACUCGCUAAACAUGAGUCUUCCGACGCCAGAAAGACUGACAUUAACCUACACAGACCCGGUGAAAUCUGAGCAACGUUUAUUGCAAGACGAGUACUCUUCACAACUGGAUGUUAAUAAACAUCAUCAAUUCGAUUUCACGACGGCUUUGCCUCCUCUACCGCCUUACACUUCAUUGCAGGGUAGUCUCCACCACAAUUCCCUAAUAAGGGCUUCGCUUUAUGCCUACCACGAUUUGGCUUCCGGCAGUAAUUUACCUUUAUAUUUUCCGCAUAUUUAGUUUUACUAAUGUUCUUUUUAAAUGUAGAUAUCUAUAAUAAUUAAGUAUUUAAAGUGGCACAAACCAUUCUGAAUUGUAAGAUUUUCAUGAACUUGGAUCUAUAUUUUUUGUACAUAUACGUAUCUAUUUGUAUAAAAUUUAGUAUAAAUUAGUAC